AUGGCACCUGAGGUGUUGGAAAGUGGCAUUUUUACUUUCAAGACUGACGUGUAAGUAUAUGUUAACGAGGUCACAGUUAGGCCAAGCUUAGGCUUCCUGUGAUGCAGUGUGAAGUUUAGGUUUUAGAUAACAUAAACCUCUCAAUGUACUGUUUAGAAUUGUCUGAAAAAAAAAAGAGCACAAUUUUGAUCAUGACAGUGUCUACAGUAGUGGUAAUCACUCUAUCUAAGGAAAUACUCAAGCUUUUGGAAAACAUUAGCCUGUUCCAGGCGUGAAACUUGAAAAUAAGAUUUAUAAACAGAAACUUUGAGCCGAUGAAGUUAAUCUGAGAUCAUCUUGGAUCCUAGAUUCCACACUCCACAUCCCGCAUUCCAGAUACUAGAUUCCGGAUUCCAACUCAGUGUAUUCCAGAUCUCAAAAGGCCCAGAUUCCAGAAUUUCAUAGUAAGCAGGAUUCCGGAUUCCAAAGUCCAUGACUCCAAACAAAAAUUUCCUGGAUUACCAUCCAUGAGGCUAGAUAAAAAAAAUUGAUAUUUCUAUGAAUUUAAUUCUUGCUAUCUCUUUAUGUGCUUCCUUUUAUUGCAGAUGGUCUUUUGGAGUUGUUUUGUGGGAACUAGCCACCAUGGGUAAGCUAGUAUUAUAAAUCUUUGUAUACUGAUGCUAGAAGAAUAACACUCUAGUCAUUUUCCUAUACCCGAGGGAAUUGAGAGGAAUCCCCCAUGACAGUAGUUAGGGAAAAGCUGACUGGUCAGUUUUAGGAUAGCAAUCACGGGAGAAUCGAAGAAACAUAAAUAACGCGAUUUAGAACAAAUGUGAUUGUGUGAUUCGUAAAUAAAUCACACUGCUGAAAGCCAAUCAGAUUGCAGGGAUCACCAGCGAUUUCAAAAUGAAAAAUUAGAAAAGCCUGAUAAUCUUUGAUAAGACAGCAUGUCUUUAUUUUGUUAUUUUAGGGGGUACUCCAUACCCUGGGAUAAGCCCUAUGAGGCUAUGCAGUUUACUUAAAUCUGGAUAUCGGAUGGAGAAACCCAACACGUGCAGCGAUGAAAUGUAAGUCAGAAUAGAAAUAAUAAAAGACCUUUGAAUAGAUGGCAAUAUAAAGAAAUACUUACAUAGUACUUCAAAGAGUUUUUUUUUUCUAAAAUUGUCAGCCUUUUCCAAGGAGUGGAAACUUCAGCGCGCCUCUUUCCUUUAUAUUGUCCCAUUCUAAAAAGAGCCUAUAGAACAUAAGUGUCUUCAAUAUUCAAAGCUAAGUAAAUGGAGACAUAUCUUUGUGUAGUGGUAUUUAAAAGUAUGGCUUCCUUUUUCAACAGAUACAAAUUGACGAUGGACUGCUGGAAGGAGGAUCCAAAUGAACGACCCUCAUUCGCUUAA